GAGAUGACGGCUAAUCUUCUUAAAACUGGUUUUGAGAAACAUUCAUGACCAAAGAGUAUCUUUAAAAGUGAUCUUAGUUUAGUCUUUGCUACACACGAGAAGUGAUCUACUUUUGCUCCACCAUAUUUGUGCUUAAAUUGAAAUUUUGAAAUUCAUCUUUUAAAUUAACUCAUUUUUAAUUUGUACCAAAGAUAUAUUUUUUAGAAGUGAAAUGAAUCAAGAGAAUAGUAAUUCUGAUAAAAUUACAAUAAAAGUAAGGCAUUCGGAUGAGGAUUAUCAUGAGAUUACAAUUGAUUGGUCAAAUGAAAGUUUUGAUUACAGGAAACAAUUGUUCCAUCAGCUAUCUGCAUACACAGGAGUACUGAAUGAACAACAAGAGUGUGUAAAAGUGGACAAUGUAAAUGGCAAACACAGUCUGGUAAACCUCGAAUUCAGAAAUGGGAUGCUAGUUGAAUUGAGUUUGGCUUUGAGAUUUGAUACCAAAGAGUCUGCAAUGAAAUAUUUUCAAGAUGGCGAUUGUUUCCUAAUUGAAACGAUAAUGAAUGUAAAUGGAUGGGGUUAUGGUAUAAGUUGUAAGCAUCGAUUGGUGCAUCGUGAUUUGGCUAAUGAAUCUGGAUGUAACCCAGAAUAUUGCCAAUAUUUGGGUAGACGAUCUUUUACCAGGAAAAUUUCAGAGAUCAUAAAAGCAGAAUACUCGCAACCCAUUCUGGAUCCAAUGGAUAGACAAGCAAGAAGAGAGAGGAAUACCGUCAGGGAAAAUUUGCAUUUUGAUCAUUAUCAGGAGAUGAAGAGCAUGGCAGACGCUCAUUCCGUGCCAGACUGUAAAUUGAAACUCUUUUUAAAGACAGAGGAGGAUAGAAAGAAAGCAAGAGAAAUGGCGGGAUCGGAGUUUGAUCAAUGAAAGAGUCAUCGUUUUGUAAAAAAAUCGUAAUGUAACUCUUUAGCUCUAGUACUCUAUUAGCUCGUUUUUCACUGAGAAGGUGAAUUACAUAUUGUAUUGCAUGAAAUUCAAAAUAAAGAUAAACAAUAAAUAUCUCAUUUUGAACAUAUAAAUGAUUAAAGUUGUUUUAUUAAUUCCUGUUGUGGUUAAAUUUGGUUUUGAAUACAAAAAACUGCAAAAGAUGUGCGCCUUAUCUUGGGAGGAGCCAAGUAAACAGCUGAUUUUUCAGUCAUUGUUUUCCAUGUUGCUGUGUUUUGCAAUUGACAAUUCAUCUAAUUUUAUAUUACACUUAUUUAAGGUGUUGAAUAACGAAGAUAUUUAACUUAGUUACUGUCAG